GACAGUGCUGCUGCUGCUUAUCGGCAGGUCAAGAAAGAGAGAUGGCGGCGGAUGAGAACAGGUUGAAGCAGCGGAAUCACAAAAACAGCAUCUUCAAAGAAGGUGGCCACGGGUUUGACUCCGACACGUCCCCGAUGAGGCGCCAGGAGGAGGAGGAGGAAGCCGACCUUCUGGAGGAGGAAGAUGUUGGCAUGGCCCGGCCGGUGCAGAUCGUGGUGGCGGAUGAGGAGGAGCACUCGUUCUCGCUGCAGGAGGAGGCGCUGGAGCGGCUGCUGCUGCAGGAGGAGGUGCGGGACCUCCAGGUGGUCGUCGUCUCCGUGGCCGGAGCUUUCCGCAAGGGCAAGUCCUUCCUGCUGGACUUCAUGCUGCGCUUCAUGUACAAACAGUCGGAUUCGUGGGUCGGCGGUGAGGAGGAGCCUCUGACCGGCUUCACCUGGCGAGGCGGCUGUGAGAGGGAGACCACGGGCAUCCUGGCCUGGAGCGAGGUGUUCGUGGUGGAGAAACCAGACGGCUGCAAGGUUGCAGUUCUACUAAUCGACACUCAGGGAGCGUUUGACAGCCAGUCAACCAUCAAAGACUGCGCCACCCUGUUCGCCCUGAGCACCAUGACCAGCUCUGUUCAGGUGUACAACCUGUCCCAGAAUGUCCAGGAAGACGACCUGCAGCACCUCCAGCUCUUCACGGAGUACGGACGACUGGCCAUGGAGGAAGUCUAUGAGAAACCCUUUCAGAGUCUGAUGUUCCUGAUCAGAGACUGGAGUUACCCCUACGAACACCCAUACGGUCUGGAGGGAGGACUGAGCUUCCUGGAGAAGCGGCUGCAGGUGAAGCAGAACCAACACGAGGAGCUGCAGAACGUCAGGAAACACAUCCACUCGUGCUUCUCGAACAUCGGCUGCUUCCUGCUGCCUCACCCUGGCCUCAAGGUGGCCACCAACCCUCACUUCGACGGGCGGCUCAGAGAUAUUGAUGAGGAGUUCAAGAAGGAGCUGGUGAACCUCGUUCCGACGCUGCUCUCUCCAGAAAACCUGGUGGAAAAAGAGAUCGGAGGAGUCAAAAUCACCUGCAGAGAGCUGCUGCACUACUUCAAAGCUUACAUGAAGAUCUACCAGGGAGAGGAGCUUCCUCACCCCAAGUCCAUGCUGCAGGCAACAGCUGAAGCAAAUAACCUUGCAGCUGUAGCCGGAGCCAAAGACUUGUACAACAAAAGCAUGGAGCAGGUCUGUGGCGGAGACAAACCCUACAUUUCCCCAGGGGAGCUGGAGCGCCGUCACGCGGAGCUGCGUCAGGCGUCGGUAAAACAAUUCCGCUCCGUUAAGAAGAUGGGCGGCGAGGAUUUCUGCCGGCGCUACCAGGAGCAGCUGGAGGCGGAGCUCGACGUGGCCUACGCCAACUACGGCAAGCACAACGACGGCAAGAACAUCUUCUUCGCCGCGAGGACACCCGCCACGCUGUUCGCCGUCAUCUUCAUCAUGUACGUGGUGUCGCUGGUCACGGGCUUCGUGGGCAUCAACUCUGUGGCCACGCUGUGUAACCUGGUGAUGGGCGUGGCUCUGACGGCGCUCUGCAUCUGGGCUUAUGCCAAAUACUCUGGAGAGUUCCGCGAGGUCGGAGGAAUCAUCGACCAGGUGGCUGAAACCCUCUGGGAACAGAGGACUCCACGAAAGGUUUUCUCCAAACUCUUCGAAGUGGCUCGGAGUCGAGUUCCGUUGGGAAGCCUGAUCCCGGCGCCGCGGCCCCGGCUCGCCUCGAACAACAACGUCAAGAAGAAAAACUAGCGGCACGCCAUCUCGUUCCCGUCACCUUUAUUCCUCCUCUCCCUCACCUCUCUGCUCGGUUUUCAAACACUUUUUUUUUUUUUUUUUUAGGACGGUUUGAGCCGUGUAAAUGAGGUUUUGUUCUCGGACCGUAGAUGAAGGGUCCUCACCGUGCUGGCUGUAGGUUUAAAGACUCGCCGUAGACCCCGGAUGAAGCAGUGUGAUGUAUUUUAUUAUUUUUCAGUGGGCGGGGUUAAGGUAUUUAUUGGUGGGCGGGGCCAUUUUUCAAUCACAGAGUGUCAUCCUAAGUGUGUGUGUGUGUGUGAGGCAAACGAUUCCCAUUCAUGUGAAUGUAUGAAUGAAGUGCAUGACCACAGACCCUCCUCACAGUUCCCCUCCCCCCUCCUGUCGGUUUCUGUCGCUGGGCGGCGUCACGAGGAGUCGCAACCAAAGUUUACAGCUUUACUCAUAGGAGGCUCUCAGACUGAGCGGACUGACAAACGGGCAGGAAACUGCAGCUGACCCAACGUUUUUAGGACUUUGAAAAAAACGGUUUCGGGGAAAUUUUUACAGUUUUUCUUGCGUAACCAGAAUCACAAACUCAUGGAUGCGUCUCCACGUUUCUGUGCAGGCUGAGAGUGUGUUGAGCAGUUGGACUGGUCCAGUGGGCUCCACUCAAAAGUAGACAAACACGCCUCCAGAUGUGAGGACGUCUUCAACUCUGCAAACGUGUUUAUGGUCGUUUUUAAAAUGAAAUGAAAGAAAUUUAUCGAGUGUGGGACACAGUCGAAAGCUCACAGAGUAAAUGUUAGCUUAGCAUUACUCGGUUUUCGUCUGGUUUUAAACUUACUCUGCUGUGGGAUCAGAAAACAGGAAGUGGCUGUGAUCAGUAUAUCAUAUUUCGUCUUUUAAAUACUAACUAUGUAAGUACAGAAAUGACGUGAGUGUGUAGUUAAAUUCGAGUCCACAGGAGUUAAACUGUGGGGGCAGUCGUUUCGAGCUCCUGUGAAUUUGCUACAUUAUUAUAACGAACAUCUUUUUAUACAAACAAUAUUUUCACUCUGCAUUUUCAAAAACAUCAGAAAACACAAUUACGUGUCAUUGAAGCUAAUCGUGAGUCCAACUUAUUUCAAGUGAAUACACAGGAUCCAGAUCCUUCGACGGGACUCUUCCUCCAGCAGAAAGUUACCGUUUAAAACCAGACGUCUGAGUUUGUCCGACUCUGUGAAAGUAGAACUGUAAGUAAAAUAAGCUAAAUUUCCCCCAAAACCUGCUGACCCUUGACGUAGCAAGCUGAACGUUGAUUUGAAUAUCUUAUCCUGAUUGAUCGUUAUUUUCAGUGUUAAACCUUUUUGUUUUUAUUUAUUAGUUUUACGUAAAAGUUACACAUUUCUGGGAGACGUUCCGAUGGAUCUCACGUCUGGAGUCGGCCGAUUAGGAACUACUUCUUCACUGACAAUUUAUCAUUCCGCCACGGCUCCAACUUUGUACUUAAUUUAUAUUGAUCUCCAAAAAAACAAAAGGAGUAAGUAAAUACUAUGAACUAUUCCUCAAGUCUUCAAAGAUCUCUGGAUUAUUUUGUGAGAUCAUGCUUCUAAACUUUAACCUGGUAGUUCAUGAUGAAGGUCUGACUGCCGGCGUUUCAGAGAGUCAAGCUUUUAAAACAUAUACAUAUAUAAAUUUCCAGUUCAGCUGAGACCUUUUUGUAGAUGAUGUAUAAUUCUGUUGUUUAACUUGAGUGUUAUUCCCUCGCUGUCAUUCCUCGUCUUUGUUUUCAUCUCGACGAAUCUGAAGGACUGAACCACCUCAUCUUGUUUUUAAAGCACCACACGUCGUUUAGUAAAACACUAAAGAUCAUUUCAUCGCCCACAUUUAAAUAUGAACACUUUUUAAAGCCAAAAUCGGAUGAAUGAAAGGUUCAUUCCAAACAUCAACGCAUUGUCCUAUUUUCUUCAUUUAAGUAUCAUUCCAUCCACAACAAACAUCACCACUGUGUGCUUUUGUUUUUGUACAGUUCAGUUUUUUACAGCCUCAUCCGCACAUAGGGCAUGUGUAUGAAUUAUAUACAUAUAUAAAUAUAAAUUUUCUAGACCUUUUUGUAGCUGGAAGAACAAAGGUUUGGGUGGUAGACCAGAUUCAGCUCACUGGAUGUAAAGGAAUGCUUUCGUGAUUUGUGGAUAUGUCUAAUAAAUUCCUUUUUUUAUAUAUAUAUUUGUAAAUUAAUCUUACAUGAGCACUGCGAUUCCACCCCCUGCUGGCAAAGAAUGUUUAUAAUCUGGAUCUUUUUUUUUUUUUUUUUUUUUUUUUUUUGUCUUCUGUUGCUUUUAAAGUUAUUUUCGUUAAUUUAUUUUUCAAUACAAUAUUAAACCAAACUCCUACAACAGAGUGGUGUCGUCCAGUUUUUGAAUGUUUUGUUUUUAUUGUGUAGUUUUCUGGAGGGAUAUUUUAAUCCCUAGAGGGCGCUGUGCACUGGGUUUACAGGGUCACGUCUAGUUGGUACCCCACAAUAUGCAAAAGUCUUGCGGGAUGUUAAAGGUUCGGUAUCGACGUUGAAUGUUCAAGGGUAGCCAUUGACCUCCAAUGUUCAAGGGAAAAUCGGGGCCGAAGUCGUGUAGUGUGAGCUAGCCAUUUAUCAAAGCAGACAAAUCAAUAUAGAAAGCAAGCUAUUGUUAAAGUAAGGAGAUACUAAAUAUCUUCAGAAUUUUGCGCGAUGCUAAUUUACCCAUGGAGUAUUUUGGUGGUAAAAUAUUGUCAGGGUAAGGUUUUAGCGCGCUAACAAAGUAGAUUCUGCUAACAUUAGCAUGCUUGUAACAGGAAUGCCUCUUAUUUUGAUCGUCUUUCCUGAUUUGUGGGCAUUCUAAGGUUAAUAUGUUAACAUUUUUUUAACAUGUUAGCAUGCUUGGGUUCACGCUUCUUUUUUUUUUUCUUUUUUUUUUUAAUCACUUGUUUGGUAAAGUAAAAUGUUUUUGCUGAAAAGGCAAAUGUAGCAUGCUGAUAAAAGCAAAGGUGUACUGUAGACCUUUUAGCCUUAAAGUUUAGGAACGGCCCUAUUUGGCAAUUAAAACGCUGAACAUGUGAAGUAGAAUGGGUCGAAAUUAAAUCUGCCACAUAACCCUCCUUUAGAAACAUCACUUGAUGCAAACUGGAAGGAAGACUCGUGACUUGACUUCAGCCAUGAUGACUCGAAUGGCUGCGUUCAUUUUGUUUUCAGUUUAAAUGUUAAAGAUAAAAUAAUUGUCAACAGGUUAGAUAAAUUGGUCAAUAUCAUUAUUAGACGGGUCUUAAUUUGCCUCUGCUUAAAGUUCAGUAUAACAUAUUUAAACAUUGUAUGUCUAUCAUGUUGUGAUUGGGCCUCUAAUCUUUCUCGACAACCAUUUCAUUGAUUUUGAUUAGACAGAAAAUGGACAUUAAACGUUCGUAAAGCUGGAGAU